CUCCUCCCUCUCCACUGCAACCACAGGGACUGGAGGGCCUUCCCCAGGACCCUCUCCCCAGACUCCUCUGGGCGCCGUCUCUCACAGGAAGACGAGGAAUGCACGUUUGGGAGAGAGAUUGGGACCUUGGAGAGUGGGUUGAGUCUGGACAGGCUGGGGUGUUAAGUGGGGGUAGGAUGGGGGGCUCUCAUCCCCGGAGUAGGAGAGAGGCCGGGCAGGCCAGACAGCCCCUCCUUUUUCUCGGUCCCAGGAGAAAUAAAAGCCUGGCAGCCAUUCUGCUCUGAGAUCUGGGGGAACCCCAGCAGCCGGCUGCCGAAGCUGCUGAAGGGGCAAGGGAACCAUUGCUCCUCCCCUCCUCACUGCGGGGGUCCUUCCAUCUCAUCUUUACAUUUUACCCUACGCCCUUCACCACCCCCCUCCCCCCGCCCGCAGUGACUUCCCCCUCCUCACUGCAUUGACCUUCUUACCGCUCCAUGGGGGAGGGAGGGCGGUCCCUUCUCCAGCAAAAGACUGCAGCCAGCUCCCCCCCACCCCACUGCAGUAAACUCUUUCCCAUCCCUCCCUGCCCCUUGCCCCUCCCACUGAUCUCAGGCGCCAGCCCUCUAAGCCUCUUAUCUUUCUCCUUCCUUCUCUUCCACCCAAGGAGAUCCUAGGCAUCAUGUCGAUAGAGAGAAUCUGGGCCCGAGAGAUCCUGGACUCCCGCGGGAAUCCCACGGUGGAGGUGGAUCUCUACACUGCCAAAGGUCUUUUCCGGGCUGCAGUGCCUAGUGGAGCCUCCACUGGCAUCUAUGAGGCCCUAGAGCUGAGGGAUGGUGACAAACAGCGUUACUUAGGCAAAGGUGUCCUGAAGGCAGUGGACCACAUCAACACCACCAUUGCUCCAGCCCUCAUCAGCUCUGGCCUCUCUGUGGUGGAACAAGAGAAACUGGACAACCUGAUGCUGGAGUUGGAUGGGACUGAGAACAAAUCCAAGUUUGGGGCCAAUGCCAUCCUGGGUGUAUCCCUGGCUGUGUGUAAGGCUGGGGCAGCUGAGCGGGAAUUGCCUCUAUAUCGCCACAUUGCUCAGCUGGCUGGGAACUCAGACCUCAUCCUGCCUGUACCGGCCUUCAAUGUGAUCAACGGUGGCUCUCAUGCUGGCAACAAGCUGGCCAUGCAGGAGUUCAUGAUCCUCCCAGUGGGUGCUGAGAGCUUUCGGGAUGCCAUGCGACUCGGGGCAGAGGUCUAUCACACACUCAAGGGGGUCAUCAAGGACAAGUAUGGCAAGGAUGCCACCAAUGUGGGGGAUGAAGGUGGCUUUGCCCCCAAUAUCCUGGAGAACAGUGAAGCCUUGGAGCUGGUGAAGGAAGCCAUUGACAAGGCUGGCUACACGGAAAAGAUUGUCAUUGGCAUGGAUGUCGCAGCCUCGGAGUUUUAUCUUGAUGGCAAAUAUGACUUGGACUUCAAGUCUCCCCCUGAUCCUUCUCGAUACAUCACUGGGGACCAGCUGGGGGCCCUCUACCAGGACUUUGUCCGGGACUAUCCUGUGGUCUCCAUUGAAGAUCCAUUUGACCAGGACGAUUGGGCAGCCUGGUCCAAGUUCACAGCCAAUGUAGGGAUCCAGAUUGUGGGUGAUGACCUGACAGUGACCAAUCCGAAGCGCAUUGAGCGGGCAGUGGAGGAAAAGGCAUGCAACUGCCUGCUACUCAAGGUCAACCAGAUCGGCUCAGUCACUGAAGCCAUCCAGGCGUGCAAGCUGGCCCAGGAGAAUGGCUGGGGGGUCAUGGUGAGCCAUCGCUCAGGAGAGACAGAGGACACAUUCAUCGCCGACCUGGUUGUGGGGUUGUGCACAGGCCAGAUCAAGACUGGUGCCCCUUGCCGUUCUGAACGUCUGGCCAAGUACAACCAGCUCAUGAGAAUCGAAGAAGAGCUGGGGGAUGAGGCGCGCUUCGCCGGACAUAAUUUCCGCAAUCCCAGUGUGCUGUGAUCCCCCUCCUUUCCUGGAGAUUUGGAACCUCUCCCCCAUCCUCCUCGAACCCCUUUCUUCCUGUCUGAAUCUGUGAUAUUUGACCCAGAUACCCUGAGCCCCAGGGCACCCAGAACUUCCCUGAUGAACCUGCCUCAGCUGCUCCUUGGCUUGUCCAGCCCUGUGCUGUCUCUGCUUUCUCCUUUCUGGGCCCCAAUCUUUGGGUUUCCACACUCUCCACUUCUCCUUCCUUUCUAUUCUCUCUUUCCUCAAAACCUGGAAAUGGGGAUGAGGAUUACAAGGGGGUUCAUAAAAGAAUGAUCAGGGUCUGUGAUGGGAGCAUCAGGGUUGGUGUGUUGAGGUGUUCAGAGUGGGGCCAUGUGUCACUUGUGCUUCACGCUUGUUCCAUGAGUUUUCCAUGUUGCAUAUGAGCCAUGAACUGCAUAUAGUGCUGAGGUGUACGUGAGUGCUGGGUGUAUGGGUCAUGCCUAGUCUAAAGCUUAAGUGUAUGUAUGUAUGUAUGUAUGUAUGUAUCUUUCAUUCAUCCCAUUAAUUUUUUUCUCAUAUCUCUAGGGCCUAAAACUGGCCUGAUUUGAAGGAACUAUUGUGUCUGUAUUUCAUGUGGCUGUGGAUUCCAGGAUAAUCUGGGGUGGGAGGUCUUGCUGGAAUGGGAAGGGUAACAGAAAAAGGCCUUGCCAUCAGUUCGUUUUUGUGAGCUCACCCUUAACUGAAGCCUGGGUCAGUCCAGGGGUGGGACUGUGUGCCUGGGGGACUCUUCCUCUAUCAAUCUCUCCCCAGCCCUAGGUUCCUUGUUCUUCCUCCAGCUGCACCAGAGCAACGUCUCACUCCCCCGUGCCAUGUUCCACAGUUGCCACCUCUCUGUGGCACUGACAGCACCACCAUUAAAGUCUAAAUCACAGUGCA